AAAAGGAGGAAGAAAAGGAUUGGACAGACAGCAGCAAGGAAAGAACAGUAUACACAAGGCUUGAUCGGAGGUAAAUAAUUAACGGCGAAGAGAGGUGGAGGAGAUGCAAUUGGGGUGAUGACAAUGUAGAAGAUGAUGCUGUUGGAAAGAAUUAACAAGAAAAGUGACCACCAUGGCUUAGGUUGGGCUGACCCGUUCUAUAAUCCUUAAUUAUAAUCAAGCUUCAACCCAUAAACUGAAAAGAAAAAUUAUUUUUUGCUGAAAAAUAACACUAUCAGUGUCUUCUAUAAAGGGACUUAAAGCAAUUUUAGUAAGAAAUUAUAGUAACAUAUAAAAAUUAAUGGAGUGUGAAUAAGACUUUUGAAUAUUUCACAAAAAUUGAUUUAUGUUAUGAAUAUUAUACUUGUUGGCAUCUCUCUUUGCAUGAGAGGUUCAGGUUGAAAAUGGUUUUAUCCAGUUCCAUGAUUCUCUCUAAUUCUCCCUUUGCAUCCCCUUCUCUUCCAACUUCAACGAGUGCCAAGUUGGAAACUUUUUCCCUGAAUUAUGAUGGGAUCAUCAGAAUUAGAGGAUUUACGGCUUCUUCAGUGACACCCAGAAACCGAAAAUUAUCAACAUGUUCUGCAUCGAGAGAUGGAAAUGCCUCUGUUGAAACUGAUGCACCUUUCCCUGCUGAUUACUCUGAGCUUCUGGAACAAGCAAAAGUAGCUGUAAAUUUGGCUAUGAAGGAUAACAGACAGCUAAUGGAAAUUGAGUUUCCCACAGCUGGACUCGGGUCUGUGCCAGGUGAUGGGGAAGGUGGAAUUGAAAUGACUGAGAGCAUGCAAUUGAUUCGGGAAUUUUGUGACCGCUUCAUUAUUCCAGAGAAAGUCACACGAACAAGAAUAUUUUUCCCAGAGGCUAAUGAAGUUGACUUUGCUAGACAAUCAGUGUUUAGUGGAUCUUCUUUAAAGUUGGACUAUUUGACCAAGCCUUCAUUUUUUGAAGAUUUUGGAUUUGUUGAGAAAGUGAAAAUGUCAGACAGAGUGAAGACAGAAGAUGAACUUUUCUUGGUUGCCUAUCCAUAUUUUAAUGUCAAUGAGAUACUUGUUGUUGAAGAACUUUAUAAAGAGGCAGUCUUGAACACAGAACGAAAACUGAUUAUUUUCAAUGGAGAACUUGAUCGCAUAAGAUCUGGAUAUUAUCCACCAUUCUUCUACCCAAAGCUUGGUGCACUCACGAAGACCUUUCUACCUAUGAUGGAAACCGUGUAUUACAUUCAUAACUUCAAGGGCCGCAAUGGAGGAACACUUUUUAGGUGUUAUCCAGGACCCUGGAAGGUCCUGAGAAGAGUUGGGCCUAGGAAAUAUGUUUGUCUGCACGAGCAGAAUAGUAUGCCAUCCCUCAAGGAAGUUGCUCUUGAGAUUCUUCCAUCUGCAUAAUAUAUCAGGAAACAGUAAUGUGCUGAUUCGUUGACACCCUUAAGAGUACAAACUCCUACUGAUCUGGAUCUCUUUCUUCUUGCUACAUCAUAACAUCAAUCUCUUUCAUCUACCACUUGGCGUCAACGAACUUUUUCCCUUUAAUGUCUAUAAAACUAGUCUCCUACUUUUUGGUUUGAGGAAGAUUGAUGAGAAAAAAUAUUGUGGAUACAAAGAUUUUUAUGUUCACAUAAUUUAUUAAGUUACUUAUGUGAUGAGCAACAGGGGUUGGUCUCAAGCUGUUCUGCAGAAAUUUAGAAGGAACUCAGCACUUGCCAUUUGAUUAACGAAGUAUUGAAGUUGGGGAUCAAAGUAAUGGCGUUUUCUAGCACAAAAGUGGUGUCAAUGAGUGGCAAUUUGCUACUUGUCCGACAGCAGAAUGAAAAUUCUUUUUGUUCGAUUUUUUUUUUUGCUGAUAGAAUU